GCCCGUCACAUUUCCUCCCUUCGCUUCGUCCAAGGCCACGCACCACCUGGGUUUGGACAAUUGGCAGACCUUAUCUCGUCAACAUUACCGGAAUAGGCCAAGUCAUGCCCUCAACAAUGGACAAACUGCCCCAGGAGUUAUGGGAUGCCAUCUUUGCCGAAUUGCUUUUCGACCAUAUGGCCGCACUUUGCAGAGUAAACAAAGCUAUGCGCCCUAUGGCUCACAGUUCACUUUAUCGCAAUGUGGUUCUCGACCUCGACGAAAAUAAUCUUAUAGCACCAAGGGCUGGUCGACUGCUUCGCACACUGCUGGAGAAUCCUACAUACGCUGCUCAAGUCAAAAGAUUUACUGUUCGGGCCCAGUCUGUCCGUACCCAGUCUUCAUCCCAGAGAAACGAAAGAACUCCGUUGGCGCAUCCUACACCUCUCACUGAUGAGCUGAAGAAAAAGAUAGAAGGAACAAUCGACGAGGCCGAGAUUUAUGAUGCAGCUCUCUGGAAAGCUGCUUUGUGUCAUGAGCAAAACGCGUGGGCCCAAUCUGCAUUCAUUGUAUCCCGUCUGCCCAAGCUCGAGACCCUGACCGUAGAUCUCCCGCUGAGUUGCCCUCUGACCAGCUUUUUCUCAAACAUGCUCCAGCACUCCGCUUUGCGAGCAGUGCCUACUAGCAAAUGGUCAUGGCUGAACAAAGUGAGCUGCGUCCGUCUGGGUGAGACGCAUAUAAAAACCUUUGAUCGACGUUAUUACGAAAGAGAUCCAGACGUAGAUUACAGCAUCUCUUCACGCCUUGUACUGCUGGCGCUGUCUCUGCCAAGCUUGACAGAGUUCGAACUCUGGGGGCGAGUUGAUCUCAACGACAGUGUCGACGCUUACAGUUCCGUUACCGCAGGGAGGCUGAACAAGCUAAACCUGCAAAGAACAAACCUGCAUCCGACGGUCCUCGAUGCGAUUCUUCGCGAGAAUGAGCAUCUGGAGUCUUUGAGCUGCGCGUAUGCUGUUCCGUCGACGCAGCUACCCCUGAGGCUCGAUGAUGUCCAGCAAGCGUUGUCUCAUACCAGUGCGACCUUGAGACAACUUUCCUUCAGGUUCAAUCCGUACAAUGAUGAUGAAGAUGUCGACGAGAUGUUCGUCAUCGAAUCCGGGACCCUGGGUUCCUUCAGACAUUUCACAAAGCUCACCGAGAUCGAACUGUCGCUGUGCGUGUUAUUCGGCCAGACCGACCCCGAUCUAACUCCACCCUUGGACCACGUGCUCCCACCCAAUCUCGAACACCUCGUCAUCACCGAUGACCUCUGGGGUAUGAAACCGUUCUUUGAAUGGGGCGCUCAUCAAUACAUCCGCAAGUUUUCUGAGCUUUUGCAAGAGAAUCGCAACGAUGCGUCAGCGUGUGAUAACGCAAAAGCACGUCUACGAAACAUCACGUUUGAUUUCUUGUCUGGAUCGUUUUGGGCGAUGGACGGCUGGGGAGAAGAAACGUUUGCGGAGCUCAGGAGGAUAUGCUCAUCGCAAAAUCGGCAGUGCAUUGUCCUUGUCGAAACAGAGUAAAAUUUAGAAUGAAAUCAUCGUGUCACUCGCUUGUUCAGCUUUGAAGCAUAGAGCCCCGUAGCAGCAGGGCAAUGAUGUAGCGUAUGAAUCUCGGGCUCUGGUCUAGAAUAGAGAAUCGGGCUGACAGAUAGUUGUAUGUGAAAUAUCUCUAGAUUGCAGUAGGAAGCAUUUACCAAAAG